AUGGCAUUCCAAGUCAGUCCUAAUACGCCGCUAGCGGAGGCCUUGAACAGCGCCAUCCAGGCCAAACUCAUGGAGGUUGGCUUUGCCCAAGCGUCCGAUGCGAACGCCCUAUCGGAAUAUAUCAUUCUCAUGCUGGGCAACGGCAAAGGCCAGCAAGACAUCGUCACAGAACUCUCGACGGACCUCCUCGGCCUGCCUGAAGACGACCCCACCACGAUACAGUUUGUCUCAUGGCUGUUUGAGCACGCCGAGUCUCUCAGCAGCCAGUUGAACAACGGCCAGUCUGAAGCUCAAGCAAAUGGCGACGCGAUGGACGGCAGCGCGCCCCAAGGUGCUGCCAACGACCAUGAUGCCGACACUGAUAUGAUGACCUCUAAUGAUGUCUCCGAUUUGAACGCUCCUACCGGACCGCGAUCGAUGCGAAGUGGUCCCGCUCGCGGCGGUCGGGAAAAGCGCCUGUUGUCCCAAAUGUCCCGAGCCAUGGAUCGGACCGGCGACUCGGUGCUCCACCGCACGCGCGGAAACGACCGCAUCAACUCCCAUGCCCGAGGCCCUCCCACCGGUCCUCGUGGGCUUGGACGUGGUGGUCGUGGCAUGAACACUCAGCGCGUCGCAAACAUCCAGGCCGGCAUGAACGCUGCCAUGGGAGGUGGCAUGAAUGGCCGGCCUAACGGACCUCCGGGCAUGGGCGCCAUGGGCGGCGUGCCCGGCAUGAACGGUAGCUGGGGCAUGCCCGGCCAGCCGCCGGAAAUGGACCUCAUGGCCAUGAUGCAGCAGCAAUCCCAGAUGAUGGCCCAGCUUCAACAGCAGCUCUUGAGCGGCAACAACGGUGGCUUUGGUCAGCACAGCAGGCCAAGCAAGUCCUUGUUCGACCGCGCGCAACAGCCGCAUCGCAACAACCAGCGGCAUCGGCAGCACCAGCCCAACCACAGCAAUAACAACAGCCGAUCUGAGUCGGCAGCAAACGAAGGAGGUGCCGACGGCGAUGAUGUAGACAUGUCCUCAACAACAAAGCGUGAACCCCCGAACCCCGAAGAGACCGUGUGCAAAUACAAUCUUCGUUGCACCAACAGGGACUGCAAGUUCGCGCACCAAUCUCCGGCGGCGCCGCCAGGCGCCCACAUCGAUAUAAGCGACACGUGCAGUUUCGGGGCGGCCUGCAAGAACAGGAAAUGCGUCGGCCGCCACCCUUCGCCGGCGACCAAGCGGGCCCACCAGAACGAGCAGGACUGCAAGUUCUUCCCCAACUGCCACAACCCGCAGUGCCCGUUCAAGCACCCGGACAUGCCGCUCUGCCGGAACGGGGCUGGUUGCACCACGCCGGGGUGCAAGUUCACGCACGUCAAAGUCAAGUGCCGUUUCAACCCGUGCAAGAACCCCCACUGCGCUUACAACCACGAGGAGGGUCAGCAGGGUGUCUUCAAGGACAAGGUCUGGACGGCCGAGGGCGAGGGCGAAGGCGAAGGCGAACACAUCAGCGAGCGCAAGUUUGUGAAUGAUGGGCAGGGGGAGGAGGAGGUAAUCAUUCCUCAAGAGGACAACGUUAUGGGGCAGGAGGGACACGGUGCGCAGGGAAUCACCACCUAG